AUGGUUGGAAAGAAGUCUGGAAAGGCCCUCCUUCGGGAUGAAGGUCUUGAAAGAACAGACAACAACAUGGAAUUAUCGAGCUGGCCUCAGAUCCCUCCCAUCAACCAAAAGAACUAUUAUACUGACUACCUUAAGAGAGAUGACCAGUAUCUAGCAUUUCGACUACAAAACGAAGAAGCGCGAAAUCGCAUGACAAAAACAGCCAAAGACCGGGAUCGUGCUCUAGCUAUGGCAAAAGCCAACGACCUCGGUAUCCCAGAAGCCGAUGCAGACGAUGGCGAUACCAAUAUGGAGGAUGCAGAGGAGGCUACAGCAGAAACCGUCGGGUCGAAGGUCAUCGUUGUACAUGUUGGUAGCCAGAAUCUGCGAAUCGGACUUGCCAGUGAUGCGUUACCAAAAACCGUACCGAUGGUCAUUGCGCGAAAGUCUACAACAAGUGAGUCUGAGGACCGCGAAGAGCCUUGCCCUAAGCGAUUGAAAACAGAUGAUGGCUCCGAGUUGGAACCAGAGAAAAUGUUUGGUUCUGAGUUCUCUUCACAGUACACUACGAUGUCCGCGGAACUCAAAACACACAUGCGACAAAAUAAACGCAGGACUCUCCCAAACUCCAAGGAAAUGGUCAUCAAUUAUAACCGAAGAACCGUGCCGGAGACGAUCUCGGAACACAAUGACCCAAUGCGGGUUGAAUGGACGGAGAUCCCGGACGUCGCGCCGGAGUAUAUAGUAGGUCAGGCAGCUUUGAGGAUCCCAGAUGAGUCGACACCUCGUUACAAGCUCUACUGGCCAAUGAAGUAUGGGUGGUGUAACGAGCGAGACUACAAGAGCAAAAGGCUCUUGUUCCUGGAUAUCUCGUUGAUUCUUGAAGAUGCAAUCAAGAAUCAGCUGGGCCUUACAAGCAAAAAGGACUGGCUACAGUACUCAUGCGUUUUUGUCAUUCCAGAUCUCUACGAGAAAUCCUACGUCACGCAAGUUCUUGAAAUGCUCAUGAGGGAGUUUUCAUUUGCCCGCGUCUGCUUCAUCCAGGAGAGCUUGGCUGCUACAUUUGGGGCGGGAUUCACAUCGGCUUGUGUGGUCGACAUCGGUGCACAGAAGACGUCGAUCUGCUGUGUGGAAGAAGGGAUGUGCAUAGAGAACUCGCGCGUGAAUCUUAAAUACGGCGGGUCGGAUGUGACAGAGGCAUUCGUCAAGAUGAUGUUGUACGAUCAUUUUCCUUAUGCGGACAUCAACCUAUGGCGUCGGUACGACUUCCUACUCGCCGAGGAGCUAAAGAAGAACAUCUGUACCAUGAAUGAAGCCAGUGUUUCGGUACAAGUCUUCGACUUCCACCUUCGUAUCGCCGGUCAGGAUACCAGAAAGUACAACUUCAAAGCUUACGAUGAGGUGCAUUUGGCGCCCAUGGGAUACUUCCAGCCAUCCAUUUUCGACCAUUCACUAAAACUCAACGGACGAAGGACAUUGAUAUCCCGCUCAGUCGACAUCUAUGACGGCCAACCAAACGACCCAACAUCUGCAGCGCAAUCAGAACUCUUGACAGCCAUUGCUCCUCCUCUUAAUGGCCAGGUGAAUGGCGACACUCAGUCCGGUACUUUAGAUGUGCAAUCGACUCCGAGCCGGUCCCAGCAAGUAAAUGCCCUUAGUCGCCUACAAGAGGCCGAAGCUACUCCUCGAUCCUCAGUUGCCGGAUCUCCUGCACCAGAUGUGACCAGUACUCCGCAAGCUGGUGGUGCUGGUACACCUGCGGUCGGUGGGCAAAGUCAGAGCACAUCGCAGCCUCGUGCACCGACCGUUGAAGAGCGCGACGAUAUAUUGCCGACGUUCCCACUUGAUAGUGCAAUCCUUAUGUCUAUUGCUCAUGCUGCUCGGUCUGAUGAACGUAAAAUGCGAGACUUUCUUGGCGGUAUCAUGGUUGUUGGAGGCGGGAGCUUGAUCAACGGGUUUCACUCGUUCCUUGAGGAGCGACUGCAGGCACUCCGGCCUGGAUUUGCUAAAGAGAUUAUGAUUGGCACGCCUCCUCGGGAUCUCGAUCCUCAGGUGGUUGUAUGGAAGGGCGCAAGCGUAUUCGGAAAGUUGAGCGGAACCAAUGACAGCUGGAUUGGACAGUUGGAGUACGACCGGCUAGGUCAUAGACUGAUGGCCUACAAAUGCAUGUGGGCUUACUGA